UCGCUGUGUUGUUUCCUCACCACCAGAGCUGCUGUCAUGUGAUAGCUCGUCCUAGGAGUUGCUGCUGUUGACAGUAGCUUCCUUCUUUUGGAUGAAGCUGAAGUGAAAACGAAGAAGGAAGAAGAGAAGUUUAUGUGUGUUUCGGGAGAAGAUAAACGUAGACUUGUUACUGACGGAGACCAGGGGAAGCUGGGGUCGUGUAGUGUCGCCCCUCGGACGCCGUCAUGGGUUGUUGUUACAGCAGCGAGAACGAGACCCCCGAGCAGGACCAUGAGGAACGCAAACCGCUGAUCCCACCUCCGUCAGCAAACCCCCCAAAUGGGGCAGACUGGACCACUACCAGUGUCCCCUCAGCGCGGACAGAUGAACAGGCUCUCCUUACAUCCAUUCUCACCAAGACAGCACAGAACAUUAUUGAUGUCUCAGCAGCUGACUCUGUCAUGAUGGAGCAGCAUGAAUACAUGGACAAAGCUCGGCAAUACAGUACCAAGCUGGCUGUUUUGAGUAACGGUCUACCCCAAAAGAAAGCCCUCACUCUCCCCUCCCUCACCAGCCAGCCCCACCAAGUGCUUGCAAGUGACCUGGUGCCAUACUCAGAUGUUCAGCAGGUGUCCAAGAUAGCGGCGUAUGCUUACAGUGCAAUCUCUCAAAUCAAGGUGGAUGCAAAAGAAGACCUGGUGGUCCAAUUUGCCAUUCCUUGAUUUUGUGACUCUGGCCUGCAUACUGUUUUUCCCAUCCUGCCAAUUUGUGUCUCUACUGCAUCCUCUCCCUCCAGCCCACCCAUAUUCGAGCAUCUUGGUCUUCGUGCUUUUUAGCUAUGCCUCUAAAUGCUACAAAGACAAAGAUGAUGUUAGACUGCGCCUUAUGGCUGUACUAUGGUGUAUUUGUAAUGGGUCAGCAACUAAUUCUCAUCAUAAGCAACCAUUGGGGCUGCUUGCAUAUAUACAACAACAAGGCCUCUUUUUAUACAGUAUAAUGUAUAGAACAAUAUUUGUCUGAACCAGCUGUGGAAAAUUGUUCAUUCAUCCUUCUUGGUGAUAUACUUACUUAAUUUUCAACAGUUUUAUGGCUGUCUAAGUGUCUUAUUAUUUUCCUUUAGGCUGUAUACUCUAGGCAAGCAGAGCUAGCUACACACCCCAGAUUGUUAUCCAAAACUGCAGGACUUUUAGCACAGAGCAAUAAGCAUUGACUUUGUGUGUAAAUUCUUGUUACAAUCUGCUUGAAUAAGAGGUAUGAGGAAUCAUUCUGUCUUGGAUCAUUGGAAAUUAACACAGUUCCAUGGGUGUGUCUGAUGGUUGUGUAUUGAAGCCACAUGCCAGGAAAAAAAUCUUACAACAAUACCCCAAGUUUGGACUUAAUUUUGUCCGUAACUCUGAUUUGUUCCCUGAAGCGACACUGCCCAUUCCUCAGUGUUUCAACUUACAAUAACAAAGGAAGCUAAAACAGCCUAAAGGAUGUCUUCUUUUAAGUUUAAUAUGUCAUCAUAAAUAAGAAGGUAGUUACAUUAUUGUGAUGUGUUCAUGCACCAAAAACAUGUCUCAAUUAACAUCAACCAGUAAACCAACCGAACUUGAUUACAUUUCACUGUAAUAAUGUUUGAAAAGUAACUGAAACAGAUCAUGUUGGUUUUUGUUAUUCCAUGUGAGGCCAAAUCAUAAAAGACCUGUCAAUGGGUGGAGUCUUCUGGUAGGUGAGGAUGCAAACACAAACGAGGAGGAGGGCACUGUAUCCUGCUGAUGUCACUGGGGGGUGAGAAAUGGAGCUUUCUGGGUGCAGAGAUUUCUCCUGUUUACAGACAGUAAUAUGUCCCCUUGCAGUUUUCUAGCACUAACAAAAUGAGUUGGCAGACUCUUAGAAUCAAAUCAAAGAGCUUCACAUAGCAGCAUACAGAGAUAAAGGGGGCAGGUGUGUAUGGAGGGGGCAGGGAGGAUUAUCGCAUAUUCAUGCCUUUGUACAGAAUUUUCUGAUUGAAUAUAAAAACUGAUGAUGGAUUGUAUGAAGUUCCUCUUUUAGUUGAGAAGAUUUCAAUGUUCAGGAUUGGAUAAGAACUUGUGGUGAUGACAAUAGUUUUUAUGAAACUCAAGAACACUUUUAAAGGCUUGCCUUUGUUAGCUUUUCAGAUCUCAUUUUGUUAAAAGAUCAAGUUGUCCAUAAUAAUCAGAAACUUACCGUUGUAGCAGAGUGGGAGAGCAUUAACAAUCUAUGUACCAUCGCAGAUAAAAUGAUCUGAGACCUUUUUGUGAUAAUUUAUUUGUGUUUUUUAAAUGUAUAUUUGCUCUUUGGAGGAGAGCAUGUGACUACUCGUGGGCAGGGAGCACAGUGAGUCGCUCUUGAGUCUCUAAGAAGGGAUGAUCUGCAAGGCUGUGAUUAUUUCAACUGCGCUUCUGAUUUGAGCUUUUUUGCAAUGGGUUCUUGGCAUUUUUUUCUGUUUUGUUGGUUACUCACAUGUGUUCUACUACCUAAAAUAUGUUUGUAAUAUCUUAGGCUAGUACCAAAAAGUUUUAAGAUUUUGUGUUUAUUUUUUGGUUUAAUAAAUUCAUUAAAGAUUU